AUGGUGGGGGUGGUGGGUGUGAGAGAGAGACAGACGUGGGCUUGUUUUUCUAGUGGCUUAAUAUAUACGAAGGCUUCCCGGGAGAGCGUUUCCUUGAUGGACUUUAGGAGGGAGGAGGAACAAAUGCCUGCCGGAUCUUACAACUACAGUAGCUGCGGCUUUUGUUUAUUUUGAGGCGCAUACGAUUUUUAAAUACACCGUGCGAGAUAGUCGGCAAGGCGCUUCCCUUCUGAAAAUUGAGGCGCGUCUCAGAACCGUCUUCUGAGAAAGCAUCGUUUACAACGUUUCUCGCUCUAAUUGCCUGUCGUGGAGAGCAUGCCUGCGUUCAGUAACACAAUGAGAAAACUGUUCUGUGCCCAUGUUGAUUUUUCAUCUUGUUCGUAAUUACCACUUUACGUUUUAUUGGAGGUGCUGACCUUGGCUUACUUUUUGAAACACUAGGAAUGGUAGUUGCUACUCUUCAGGACCUCAAAACUAAGGAGCUAAGGAGAACCCUACGUAAAUAGAGUGAAGUCUGUUCCAUUGUCCUUUGCAUUCGGAGACUCCUUUAUUUUACCAAAUACAAAGAUUCUCUAACCAGUGCAGUCAUUAUGAACGUGACAAGUUUAUUUUCCUUCACAAGUCCAGCUGUGAAGAGGCUUCUUGGGUGGAAACAGGGUGAUGAAGAAGAAAAAUGGGCAGAGAAAGCUGUUGAUGCUUUGGUGAAAAAACUGAAGAAAAAGAAAGGUGCCAUGGAGGAACUGGAAAAGGCCUUGAGCUGCCCGGGGCAGCCGAGUAACUGUGUCACCAUUCCCCGCUCUCUGGACGGCAGGCUGCAGGUUUCCCACCGGAAGGGGCUGCCUCACGUCAUCUACUGCCGGGUUUGGCGCUGGCCUGACCUUCAGAGCCACCAUGAACUAAAACCACUGGAAUGCUGUGAGUUCCCUUUUGGUUCCAAGCAGAAGGAGGUGUGCAUCAAUCCUUACCACUAUAAGCGGGUAGAAAGCCCUGUCCUCCCUCCAGUGCUGGUUCCAAGACACAGUGAAUAUAAUCCUCAGCACAGCCUCUUAGCUCAGUUCCGUAACUUAGGACAAAAUGAGCCUCACAUGCCACUCAACGCCACUUUUCCGGAUUCUUUCCAGCAACCCAACAGCCAUCCGUUUCCUCACUCCCCCAACAGCAGUUACCCUAACUCUCCUGGAAGCAGCAGUGGCACCUACCCUCACUCACCCACCAGCUCAGACCCGGGAAGCCCUUUUCAGAUGCCAGCCGACACACCCCCACCUGCUUACCUGCCUCCUGAAGACCCCAUGACCCAGGAUGGCUCACAGCCAAUGGACACAAAUAUGAUGGCUCCUUCGCUGCCCUCAGAAAUCAACAGAGGAGACGUUCAGGCGGUUGCUUACGAGGAACCAAAACACUGGUGCUCUAUUGUCUACUACGAGCUCAAUAACCGUGUGGGUGAAGCGUUCCAUGCCUCCUCCACAAGUGUGUUGGUGGAUGGUUUCACUGAUCCUUCUAACAAUAAGAACCGUUUCUGCCUUGGACUGCUAUCCAACGUUAACCGGAAUUCCACUAUUGAAAACACGAGGCGGCAUAUCGGGAAAGGUGUUCAUCUUUAUUACGUUGGAGGGGAGGUAUAUGCCGAAUGCCUGAGCGACAGCAGCAUCUUUGUGCAAAGUCGGAACUGCAACUACCAUCACGGAUUUCAUCCCACUACUGUCUGCAAGAUCCCUAGUGGGUGUAGUUUGAAAAUUUUUAAUAACCAAGAAUUUGCUCAGUUAUUGGCACAGUCUGUGAACCAUGGCUUCGAGACAGUUUAUGAGCUCACAAAAAUGUGUACUAUACGCAUGAGCUUCGUGAAGGGUUGGGGAGCAGAAUACCACCGCCAGGAUGUUACCAGCACCCCCUGCUGGAUCGAGAUCCAUCUGCAUGGCCCCCUCCAGUGGCUGGAUAAAGUGCUUACUCAGAUGGGUUCACCUCAUAAUCCAAUUUCAUCUGUGUCUUAAACGGCCUCAGGCUUCUGCCUCUUGAAAACUAUUGAGCCUUGCAUGUACUUGAAGGAUGGAUGAGUCAGACACGAUGGAGAACUGACAAAGGAGCCUUGAUAAUACUUGACCUCUGUGACCAACUCUUGGAUUCAGAAAUUUAAAAGACCUUGGUAACAUACUGUUGAUAUCAAGAACCUGUUUAGUUUACAUUGUAACAUUUUAUUGUAAAAUCAACUAAAAUGCAUACUUUUAGCAGGACUUUGUGUAUAGUUAAAGGAGAGAUGGCCUAGCCAGGGACAAAUUAUCUAUUUGAAAAAUGGUCCUAAGAGAUUCUUUUGUGUUUGGCACUUUAAGGUCAUCGUUUGGCAGAAAUUUAGCAUUAAUAGUCUUUCUGAAGUGUGUUUUUAUCAGGUUUAACGCCCAUGUUGAGUCUUCUUUUCAUGGGUUUUCAUAAUAUUUUAAAACUAUUUGUUUAGUAAUGGUUUUUGUUUGUUUUUUAAGUAACGGUUAAUCUUGAUGAUAUACAUAGUAAUCUUUCUAAAAUUGUAUGCUGACCAUACUGCUGUCAGAAUAAUGUUAGGCAUAUGCUCUUGGCUAAAUAUGUAUGUACAGAAUAUUUGGAAGUUAAGAGUUGAUUAGAUUAGUGGAUUUAGAAGUAUUUGAGGGGGUGGGGGAAGGAAACGACAACUGCAAAUGUAGAAUAUACUGUAAAAAUUCAGUUUGUUGCUUUAAAGAAACAAACUGAUGUCUAAAUUUUGCUGUGUUUUGAUUUUUUAGAGAUUUUAUCCUACUUUUCUUUUUGGGGGGCAUCUUCUAUCCCAUCUUCUCCAAAAAGCAGAUAUGCAGCUGGUUCAUUCAUAUAACUGUGAGAGCAAAUGAAUAAUUCCUGCUAUUUUGAAAUUGACCGCCUGUAUGUUUCAGUGCUGAUGGUAUGGAGUGCUUGAAUGUAAUAAGAGGUUUUUAUGCAGUUUACAGUACAGAAAUAGGCUUUAAUUUUCAAGUGAAUUGUUUGCCAAACCUAAUAACUCUGUUCAAUAUUUCGAGGAUUUAAAGAACAUCCCUGUUUAAAUCCAUUUCAACCUUUUUUUAGUUUUUUUGUACUAUCUUUGCUUUUAUUUUUCUUCUGCUAAUCUUUUAUAUUCACUUAUGCUCUCGUACAUUGAGUACUUUUAUUCCAAAACUAGUGGGUUUUCUCUACUGGAAAUUUUAAAUAAACCUGUCAUUAUUGCUUACUUUGA